AUGAUUGCAGCAGACGUAAUACCCACGACUGCAGUGUUGCUGAACAACAAUAACAACCACAACAUCAACAACAACGGCAGUCAUCUCCUACAACAGCAUCACCAUCAACAGCACCUCAAUCAUUAUCACCAACAGCAACAGCAGCAUCAUCACCUUCAGUCGUUGCCGACUACCACGCACAAUAAUGUCAUGACAGCCGCGGCGACCGUGGCCACAGCAACGACAACGGCGGUGGCCGCGGCCACGGUCACGGCUACGGUCGCUCCUCCACCGGUGAGGAAGAAGUCUCGGAAGGAUGUGCCGCCGUCGUCGUCUCCGGGUCUGCUGGUGAGCUCUUCUUCCGGUUCGCCGGCCGGUCAGCAGGCCGGGGAGAGCGACGGCGGACACUCGUCCGACGGUUGCGGCGACCGGAAGCGGAAGAAGGCUCGGACCACGUUCACCGGCCGGCAGAUAUUCGAGCUGGAGAGGCAGUUCGAGCUAAAAAAGUACCUCUCGUCGUCCGAGCGAUCCGAAAUGGCUAAAAUGUUGGGCGUCACCGAGACACAGGUAAACAACAACAAAAAAUAA